ACAGUUCAAUGGUAAAUGGUUUUAACUGCAGUGAAGCAAUGUAUACUUGCAGAAGAACGACAUCGUUCAUUAAUUCUUCUUUUGACGGAAGAUGCAAGUCUUUCCUGCAGCGAAGUACGUUAAGUCGAUUUGGCGUGUUUGGCUUUAUAUCUCGAUUUCGUCGCGUAUUGCCUCUUCGAAGUCACAUACUUGAAGUACGCUCACGAGCCAUUCUGUUGUCGCCUCACAAUGCUGUAGUGGCAAGCGAGAAGUGAACGAAAGCGAUAGCAUUUUUUUUUUUAGCUGCGGUUUGUCAGGGCGGUAAGGCUCGUGGAAAUGGCCUUGAAUCAUGGCAUUGAUGCAGACGUUCGCAGAGCCAUCUUAUAACUGGCUUAUACGCGGGAAUUUUCCUGCCAGCCAGGAGAAAAUUGAACUUACUUCCAAUAGAGCUCAUCUCACUGAAGGAAUGUUUCGUUGUCCCACAAGUAUAAAUCGCACCGCGGUAUGUCCUACCAUGCUCUUCCUCGCCGAAAACAUGGCAAAAACUUUCGAAGGCGUAAAUCAUGUCAGUUCAUAUGGGAUACAUACCAUAUGCUACAUAACGGCUAGUUCUGUAAAACUGAUUUCACUGUAAUCACUUGGCUGAGGGGUACCCCUCUAAUUUACGAGGAGCCGUCAGAGAAGCCAGCAGGCGUUCUCUGAAAGAAUAAUAUUUGUAUCGUGUUGUGAAAAAGUGCUGUGCAGCGAGAGACUUCGCCUUGUGAGUGACUGCUAAGACGAACUGACUUCUUUUUAUGAGUGAAGGAGCGUUGGAACGUCCGAGGUAACUGCAAGAGCGUAGACGAAAGUGAACAGCCAAUACCCUAGACAGCGGAGCCCAGUUCAGUAAGACAAGUCUCAAAAAGGCACGAGGCGUGACGCCGGAAUGGGAGCAUGGCGCUACGCCUAGGAACCUUUGCUGGCCAUGCGUACAGCGCUCAACGGCACAAUCAACGAGAUCGGCGGUGGGCCGUACACUGCCCGGACGACUACCGCUACUACCGAUAUGGCCGGCAUGGCAUGGACGUCUAGCACAAGGCCCACACCUCCUAGGCUGGGAAACGCACUGCGGCCGCCUAAGCCAACAGUGUCCAUGGACGCCCGACCCGUGCUCAUCCCAAUCUUGUCCUCGGUGGUUUGCUUCCCUAUCGUAGCGCUUGCUGUAAUCUGCGCCUUGCGAUACCGGGCCCAGAGGCUGCGCCGAAAGGAGCGCCUGCGCAGACUGCGCGGGGCAGGCCCUCGCACGGAACGCCUGGACGGACUGGGCCGGAGAGGCGAGAGGCCGUCCUUCUUCUCGCACGACUCCUCGUCGGGAGACGCGUCCUGCUGGCGGCCGCCCGACAACGUCGACGAGUUGCGCCGCUGCUCGAGACCCGGGGCCUCGUCUUCCUCUUCCUCCGGGGCCUACCACUUCGUGGACGAAAUCACCGGAGAGCGAGCGCCCGGCAGAAAGAAGUCCCUGUCGGCGAGUGCCGGCACUGCGGGCUCGCGCCGAGGCAGUCGCGUGACUUUCGGCGCGGCCGCUGCCGCCGCCACGGUGCUACAAGUUCCCGUGGUGUGCGAACGGCGGCCCAGUUCACCCCGCUCGGCGCCGUCUUCUUCAUCCCCGCUGUCCACCUCGUCUCAGUCUACUCCGCACGCGCGGUCGGGUUCGGUGAGCUUCGCUGAAGAGCCGAGCUCGGUGCGGGACGCGGUGAACGGGUACGACGCCGACGCGGACGACGAGGACGACGCGGACUCCCCCAAGUACGAAGCCAAGGAGGCGGCGAGGUAGCCGCGGUGAGGCGGCGGCGAAGGCAGGCCCCCGCCCUCGUGAUUCCAUUGACUGCCACUUGUUACCGUGUUCAGUGCGAUAAUACAUCCCGAUCACCAGACUCGAUAGUGGAGGGUACGCUUAUUAAGGCCAGUGAUAUUGCUGGUACGCCUUCUACGGAGGUUUUCUUCAUGCCUGCUGUUUAAUUCCGUGUGGAAAUCAUAAAUUCCUAAUUGUCAGUCACCUGUGGUUACUUUUUGUUGCACUAGUGUGUAAGAAACAGAACGUUUUGGGUCGAGGAGCCUAUCAUCUUAUGUGGAGCUUUCCUGUAAAUGAGCAAUGAAGGUGAAAAAAGGCAGUUAUGACAUUAUUGCGUAUUUGAUUUCGACUUACUUCACUUCUGUAUUUUCUUUCUUAUUGAACUUUCUUGAGAAGAUGGCGACGUACAGGUGCUACACGAGGAAAAACAAUUUCGCAACCAGGGAGCUAUAGGUUUGUCAGCUCUUUGCCAAUCAGGUACGAUCUUGACCAAUCAGUGCACAGUAUUCGGGUGCAUUUCUCACAGCUCUCACUGAAGACGUCUUGCACUUGCAUUUCACAAACGGUAGUAUUCUUGCAGCUGUUUGUUUGUCAGAGUUCGUUAACUCAUUCGGCAUAUAUGGCUUAAACUGAAAACAGAUAAAAUCCAGCCCGGCGGGGUGGCCGCACAAGCACGUUCAAAUCAUGUCACCUCAGAGCGCCAACUUUAGCAUCGAGACAACCUGCACCCGUCCGCAUCAUAGCCCUUCCGCGCCCGACCAGAGCAAUUGGUGAGAAGUUACCAUCGCUGCCAACACCGGUAAAAUCUGAGUUAUUCUGAGGCAGUCUUCCCUGUAUUUGUCGUGUUAGUGGUGAUGGCAUGAAUACUUUCAGGCGGUGGAAGCCUGGCGUUGUCGAGGCGGCGCCGUUUUCGAAAAUGCCGUUGUUACUGAAGGAAAAGUGACUGGGCGAGUAUUUUUCAUACAAGAUGGCACACAUUUCUUGAACUCGCGCAUUUUUCUAGAACUCGUGCAUUUGCUUGAUGCAUGCGCACUAUUGCUCGUUUUAUUCUUUCGCAUAAACCUCCCACUCCGGGUAUAGGACACCGCAUCAUAAAUGCUUUCGCAUUAAAACUGCUAUAGCGGAUUUUACAGGAAUUGCGGAAAUUUUGUCAAGCAACAGUUAACUGAUGCGCGAAAGUGCGGUUACCACGUGUCCUUAUACAACGGUAACGACAAAUGGGUCUCAACUGGAAAAAAAGGACACGUAGCAUAUGGUAUAGAAGUACUGCAGAGCUCCGCUCGUUAGGCUAGGAAUACGCAAACAGAACAUACUUGGCGCCUGCUAGCUUUCCAAGAACGCACUUUUUACCCAUACUAAAGCUACAUUGUGUGGCAACCUUUACAGUAGGUGCUCAUUAUCUUCAUAGGGCUUAAUGCCCGGUCUGAUGGGUGCCAAUGAAAACUGAGGCUGGUGUCUUGACUUCAUCUUACCUUCAUAACCGAUGGUGAACAUAAUACUUAGUGUACAUAAAACAUUCGAAAGGGGCCGCAACGAAAAACUCGUAAUAAUGUGUAUUAGUGACCUGUCUUGCUCAAGGUGUCAUUUAUCAACAGUGGUCGAAUCAAUGCUUUAGCACAAGCUCUUGGCUUCGCCAUUUACUUCUUUCUUAUGAAGAUAACUCAUCUUUAGAAACGCUGGCAGCAGAGACAUCCAUUUUUCGACCCCUCUUGAUUACUUCCUCUCCAUCUUCGUGAAAAUCUCUGUCGUGUGAAUUUCAAAGUGCCAUUUAUUCCUAGUUCUUUGAGACCGGUUUGCCACCACUAUCAAAUGGAGUGCAUUUAGAAAAUCUAACAAGUUUGCAUAAAAAUUUCAGAUCGCGCGUCUUCCUAGGAUAAUAGUUGAAGUAAGACCUUGUACAUCAAGUAUUACUGCUUUUUGCUCCGCUAGUUGGUUCAUACUUCGUGCAGUGGAAAUGACGAAAAAGAAGCGAACGACCAAGCAGAACAGCGGUUCCUUCGUACCUUUCUGUUUCUUUACAUGUUUUCGCAUUUUGUGCACUACAAGGAGUAUCACAAGAUUCAUUUCCUCUUCAUUUGUUCAAUUCGGCUUCCGAUGAGAACAAUAGAACACGCACAAGCCAAAUGCCCCAUAGACAGUCUGAAGGUUCUUUUUGGAGCGUACAUGACACAGAAGUCCUCGUUAGCAAACGUGAACAUGGAUUCUUACAUUUAGCGAUGUCAUAUAUAUGCUGGGCACCUACGGUAGCUGCCCAUCAGUCAUGCGUCAUCAUUUUACAGGGGUGCUUUAACUACACUGUACCUGUCAUAAUGCAUACUUGUGUCAUCUCAGUGACAUAUAUUCUGGACCUUCGUGGUCUUCACCCGAGACCAUUGUAGACCUUUGCAGGCAAACCUGAUUUACGCCUGACUAAAGCGAAAUGGAGCAAACUUUUGCUUGAGAGGGGAAAACUCUCGAAGUUCUUUUUUUCAUUGCCUAGAAGUAUUUAGCCUUCGUGACAGCUGCUAUAUAAUUAGGAUUGCACUGUCUUGCAAACUGUUCUGAAAGAACAGCUAACUUUUGCUAUGCUUAGUACAAGGAAAAAACAUUUGCAAUAUGUGUAUGAAUGCUUUGACUGAGCUUGAGGGUAGCAUAUUUAAGUUGCCUUCCAUACUGUUGAAAGCAUCAGAAAUGGAGUGUUUAGUGCACCGAGUUUGAAACGCUAACGCCCCACGUGAUGUUUAAUGUCAGUAACGUGAGAGGGAUGGUGCCUGUGUGAUCUCACUGAGAAAAGCUCCACGAGAGUUAACUCUAGUACACUCAUGCAGUCGGAGGUGGAAAGGACUUUAAAGGGUGAACUCCCAGGACAAUAUAAAGCUUAUGCGCAAGAAUUUGAAGAGUGUGCAGUUCCGCUCUGCGGAAAGAACAAACUGUUUCUGAAUAACACAGUGAUGAAUAUAUUUCUAAUAACUAUCCUUAGAUUGUGAUGAGGUGAAACCUUUGUCCAGCAAUUGUGUUGCGUGAAAUAAAUUAAGCCAAUAUUUUGCUACAGCAAUUGUCUCUUACCGCACGCGCAAUAAUCAGUCUCACAUGUCCCACUUCUGAUUAACCAGUGACGAUGUCAGAAUUCCUUGUGCAUGUUUAAUAGGUGUAUGGUUGUAUAGCCCUCGAAGGAUCUCACCUGUGCUCACAAAUCUGUGAUGUAAUGUUUCGUGCAAGUGAAGAUUAUGGGCGUGCUAAUUAUACCAGUGAAAUCUGAAUAAAUAAGGC